AUGGGUUUCGAUAACGAGUGCAUAUUGAAUAUCCAAUCACUUCCUGGUGAAUAUUUUUGUCCAGUAUGCCGCACACUUGUCUACCCAAACGAAGCAUUACAGACGCCGUGCACUCAUCUCUUCUGCAAACCAUGCUUGGCCUACAUUGUUGCAACGACUUCCGCCUGUCCUUACGACGGAUAUCUGGUGUCAGAGGCAGAUGCCAAGGUUUGAAAAUCUUGUUCCAGAUGUAUAUUCCCCCCCCCCUCUCUCUUGAAUGGCUUCUCUCACAUUAGCUUUCUGCAACAACAUAUCCAGCCUCUAGUUGAAUCAAACAAGCUGAUCGCUGAGGCUAUCGAAAAGAUACAAGUGCACUGUCUCUAUCAUAGGAGUGGGUGCCAAUGGCAAGGAACACUAUCUGAAUGCAUUACUCAUUGCACAAGUUGUACCUUCGGAAACUCCCCUGUCGUGUGCAACAGAUGUGGUGCACAAAUCGUACAUCGCCAAGUACAGGAGCAUGCCCAGAUCUGCCCAGUGAGUUAGGCAAUCCCCUAUUUUUCUCCUAUGUUUAAUUUUGUACUUCGCGACUGUAAGUAUACAUGUGGAAGUGCAGGGUGUCCAGCCUCAGGCACAGCAGGCGGAUGAUGUGCAGCCUCAGGCUUCAGCUGUGCAGAACCAGGGUGAGUCUCAGCCAGUGGCUCUUGCAUCUCAGGAAUCAUCCUCCCAGCCUGUAGUGAGUUCUGGAACUCCCACUCCUGGUGCUACCACCGCAGCUGCCGUGGCUACUUCCACAGUUCCUACCGUAGGCCCUACUACAGAUCCCGCUGCAACAGCUGUAGCUCCUGCUGGUCCAGUCCAAGACCAAGGUCAGCCUAGUGUUGCCUCACAACCACAAGUUGUACCGCAGGUUCCAACACAGGAGCAGUGGUACCAGCAGUAUCAGCAGUACCAGCAGUAUUAUCAGCAAUACCCUGGAUUUGACCCAUAUCAGCAGCAGUACCAACAGUAUGGCUAUUAUCAGCAGCAAGUUCAACAACAGUAUCCGCAAGCAUAUGGGCAAUCCCAUCCAGUGCAGGGGCAGCAGCAUUCUCAGGUGCACGCUCAGCAACAUCCUCAGACACAGCAUCAAGCACAUCCGCAACAAGUUCAACAGCAAUAUCCACAAGCGUAUGGGCAAUCCCAUCCAGUUCAGGGGCAGCAGCAUCCUCAGGUUCACGGUCAGCAACAUCCCCAGACACAACCUCAAGCACAUCCGCAACAACUUUCUCUUCCCCAGGUGCAAUCCCAUUCCCAUAACCAAACCGUACCAGUCGGUCAGCAGCCCCAAACACAAGCACUGCAAAGCGUGGAACAACCAAUUCAUGCACAAAUUCAGCAGCAGCAAAUGCACCCAUCGACACAGUCACAAGUUCUGGUUCAGCCAAUGGGGCAACAACAAAGCCAGAUCCCUCAGCUUCAGCCCCAUUCUUUUCCUCAUGGACAGCCUCCUCAUCUUCAACAUCAGCCGCGUCCACAACAGCAACAGCAAAUGGUUGGGCAAAAUCAACCUGGGCAACCCCAACAGCAACCACCGAAUGCUCAGUCACAUCCUAAUUUUCAUGGUCAGACACAAUCACGACCUCCAGCUCAGCAACCCCGACUGCAUAUGCAGUCCCAACCUCAUCCUCGACCCCAUUCCAUUUCUCAGCCUCCUCUGCAGUCGCAACUGCAGACCCAGGCCCAAUCUCAGUCCCUGCACCAGCCACAUCCACUGCACCAAGCUCCUCCCCAGUCUCAAUUGCAUCAUCUUCAGGGUCAACCACAGCCCCAGCCCCAUCCCCAGCCCCAGCCCCAGCUGCAUACUGCUCCAGCCCAUACUGUGACAGGUCAUCAGUCUUUUCCUCAACCGCAUCUUCAACCUCAAAUGGCAGGUGCUACCGCACAUCAGCGUCCCAUGCACCUGUAUCCUCUGCAGCAUGGGGUACCACAACAGCAACAUCAGCAUCCUUCUCCGAUGCCUAACCAAUUCCCACACCAGCAGCCACCGCAAUCCCAAAUGCGCCCCCCCCAAUCUCAGAUGCCAGUUCAGGGUCAACAACUAGCACCUAUUUCUUCAAUGCAAGGUCCUCAUCAGCAUUUCCCCCCUGGACAACAACAAGCUCACCACUUGCCACACUUGCCACAUCUGCAGGUUCAUAACCAGGUUCGCCACCCACCAAAUAUCCACGCUCCACAGCAUCCUAACGUUUCUCACCAGCAGCCACAAACUUCUUCUCAUCAUAAUCAGGUGCAUCCUCUGGGAUCUUUCCCACCUCAGCCUCACAUUCCCACCCAGCAUAACUUACGCCCCCCUGGCCAAUUGUAUUUGCAGCAACCACUCAAUCAACCUCAGUUACAGCCUGCGAGUCAAACAAUUCCCCAGCCUGUUUUGCCAAAUCAUGCCUUGGCACAUCAGGAAUUUAAACUGUCUCCUGGGGGUUUGGAUGUUCGGUCGCGUGUUUCUUCAGAAAAUCCCACUGCAGAUCCCCGUCCUCCCUUAGAGUCUGGAGGCCAAGAGUCCGCACUACCUUCAUCUCCUGCUAGUUUAAAGCCUUUCAAUGGUGAGAAGGAAGCAGAUGCUAACUUAGGUAAAACUGCCCUUCGGCAAUUUGAUGUGGCAUCGGAUAAAACUGACGACGUUUCAGAGGAUUCAAAGAUUCUUAACGCUGAGGCUCAUAUUAUGGAUGAGGAAAACGAAGAUAAAGUGGCUGAACGGGUUGACAAGGAAAAUGCUGGAUAUGUUGCCGAUGAAGAGGGCUCCGCCUCUGUUCAAAACGAUGACGUUUCUGAGGCUAAGACUUUUGUGAAGGACGAUGUAACUGGCUCAUCUGAACAUUCUCCGAAUAGAGUUUCACUUGAGCACAAUGAUGGUGAGAAGAAGUCUGUUGAGGUCGAAGGAACUGAGAGCAAGUCAGAUGGAGGUGAUAAAAAUUUGAUGGUUCGACAUGGUCAAGUGGUGGAUUCAGCAAAAUUCCCAAUGCAUGAUGACACUAGCAGAAAUCUUCCAUCUCAAGUUACAGCUGAAAAGGCUCCUCACCAGUUGGCUCAUCAGGAAUCUACCAAUAGUGGUGAAAAACUCAUCAUGCAAGGGCCGCGUAGGGAACCAAUAGGUGCACCCCCUGCUCAUGACAGGGCUAUUCCUGGUUAUCCUGACAGAAAUGUUCCCGUUUUCCCUAGCCAGGGUCCUUCAUCUGGUGAUCCUAGACAGUUUCCCCCUCCAGCUCAGAUGCAGCCUAAUUCUAAUGUUGUUGGACCUCAUUCACAUCCUCCUCUAUUGCAUGGCCAGGAAAGAUAUCUCCAGCAGGCUCCUCCUCCUGGUCCUCAUUAUACGCAAGACAUUUCAUCACAGAGGCCUCCUGCACCAGAGAGGAUGCUGCCUAAGCAGAUGCCUUACCUUGGUCCCAAGCAAGAAAGAUUGUUCCAAGAGCCAACCCAAGGAAUACCGCCUCAUGGACAACCAUUGGCAUCAAGCCAAAUGAGACCUUCUCUCAUGUCCUUCAAUCCAGAUCCUCUUCAGACGUCAUUAGGGAAACAUCCGCCAGGUGGAUUUCCUGGUUCACAUUCAUCUUUAGGGCGAGGUCCACCCUCGUUUGUGCCGCCAGUGGGGUCUCAACUGCAAAGUCAAGGUUUCGUCGUACCAUCUCAUGAUGCUUCUGGCAUGUCAAGAAUUUCUCAGGUGGAGCCGUAUGCUGGAAUACCUAUGUCAGGGCCACCUGCUGGGUCUUUUGGUACAGCUGCUGCCAUGAAUGGCAGAGGACCCCCUACUCAUGUUGAGGGACAACUGAUUCGAUCGCAUCAACCUGGUCCUUAUGAUGGUCGGCAGCCUGAUCACAAUCAGGCAUUGGAGAGUUUUCCUCAUGGAAAGCAACCAGCGGCUCAGUCAAGUGUGAUGGCGAUGAAUGGUUUGCCAGGUAGGGCUGAUCCUUCUUUAUCACAAGCUGCAGUGGGGGAACGAUUUAUUUCAGAAGAGAGGUACAAGUCGAUGGCAGAUGAGGGAUUCAGGCCAUCUGCAGAUGACCAUUUUAGACCAUAUGUGGAUCCGGUUAGACGAGUAGUUGAUAGAAGAGAUUUUGAGGAGGAUCUUAAGCAGUUCCCUAGGCCAUCUGAUUUGGAAUCUGAAGGGGGUGCAAAGUUUGGAAAUUAUGCAACUUCAUCGAUGCCUCUUGAUAGGAGUUCACGUGCUUUGGGUCUUGAUGGUGCAUCUAGGUCGUUUGAUAGAGGAAUGCAAGCCUUCGGGCAAGAAGGGGCGCCCAGAAUUAGACUAAAUAGUCCAGUCUCUUCUAGGUCAGUGCCUCUUUACAAGUCUGGUGGCCCUCUUCCAGUCAACAGUGAUAGUUCAUCAAUGCGUCCAAUGGAAAACAUGGAGAGACAAAGAUCCUUUGAUCUCAGUGAUGACCAUUCUGGAAGGAAGGGUGAUACUGCUCUUCCUAACUUUCAUAGACCUGGCUCAGACUUUGGCCGUCAUCGUAUUGAUAGCCUACAUCUGUUGAGAAGUCCUGGAAUUGAACUUUCUGGCCUACCACCUAAUAGAUUCGGGAGCAUUGCCCAUGGGCUUGUUGGUCGAACCCUUGCUGAGGAUUUUGUUGUGAGAGAUCUACCAGCAUCGGGUGAGCUAUACUAGCUACGCAGUCUUACCUGUCUUGUUAGCUAUGCAUUUCAUGAAAUCAUUCUAUCUACUUCUCUCCCAGGUAUGCUACCUAGCCAUUUUCGCCGAGGUGAUGGAGAAGUUUUGAGAAUGGGAAAUCAACUUGGUUCUGGCAACAUGCCAGGAAUGAGGGUUGGUGAUCUUGAUGGUCGUGAUAUGAUGCCUAGUCAAAUGCGCAGUGGUGACCCCCUUGGAGCUGGAGCUGGAAGUUUUCACAACCAUUUACCUGUGGGUGAAUUGGCUGGUCUAGAAAAUGUUCCUCCGCAUCUGUAUUCAAGGGAUUUCUCUCGCUUUGGUGAUUUUCCUCCGCAUGAUUUCCCUAAUGAGCCUCGUGGUUUAAGUUCUGUGAGUAUCCAUUUUUAUUCUUUUGAAAGAUAUCUGUUCAUGAGCGUGAUACGAUAGUCGGAUUGGAGUAGAGAAGUUUUUAUCUUUGUUUCGGUGUGUAAUUUCUAUAGUACUGCUGAUUGUAUGGCAUCCUUGACCCCUCUUGUUUUUUGAUGUUUAGGGCUCUUUCCAAGGUGGGCAGGAUCCACUAGAUAAUUCUAGAAAGAGAAAGCAAGGGAGCAUAGGUUGGUGUCGGAUAUGCAAGGUUGAUUGUGAGACUGUUGAAGGUCUGGAUUUGCAUUCUCAAACUACGGAGCACCAGAAGAGAGCUAUGGACAUUGUGUUAAGCAUAAAACAAGACAAUGCUAAGAAGCAGAAGUUGUAAGUUAUUUUCUGAACAUACUGUCUGCUGUAAGUUCUUACUUUUCGUUAUUGUAUGUGUUGUGGUUAUGUUCACGCCUAAAAAUGGUUUAAUAUGGUGUGAAGUUCUGAUUCCUCUUCCUUCAGGUCUUCCGAAGAGCAUGAAGAAUCAAACAAGUCACGAAAAGCUGGUUUUGAGGGCCGUCCUAGUAGACGCUAG